UUAUGCAAUCGCAAAAUGCCGCAAUUUGACGAGUCUUUUCUGAGCGACUGUGCGCUGGCCGAACGCUGGCGUUUCUAUUCGUAUACGGUGAAGCAGCCCGUGCAAGAUGAGCCACAGCCACAGCAACAACAACAACAACAGCAGCGCGCACUGUGGUCCAUGCGCGAUAACAACAACAACAACAACAGCUGCAGCAGCAGCAGCAGCAGCAACAGCAACAAAGCCACGCUGCAUGACAUCAAAUUCCACAGACGGCGCGAAUAUAAAAAAUUGCCACGUUUGGCUUUAUCAGCAGCAGCAACAACAACAUCGUCUUUAUGCACAACAUUGACACCGCCAGCAUCGUGUUUGCUGGUCAAGAAUGUGUUGCUCUACGGCAGCAUCAGUUCUCCAUCCACGCCCAGCAACUGCUCGGCGGGCGGCGUCGGCGGCUGCGGCAGCAGCAGCAGCAGCAACAGCAUCAACAGCAGCGGCGCCGCCGCCAAUUACGCGGGCCACACAUCCAGCACAUCGUCAACGCCCCCGCCGCAGCAUACGCAGUACCAGCAGCAGCAUCAACAGCCGCAGCAGGCGCCGCCGCCGACGACCCCACAGCAGAGCGGGCGGACAGGUGGGGUGCCGCCAGCGCCGCCAAGCAGCAGUGCGUCGUCGUCGUCGGGCUCGUCGGGUCAUAAGAACAGUCUGAAGGGCACGAAGUUGGCGCGACGUGCGCGCUCCUUUAAGGACGAUCUGAUUGAGAAGAUCUCACUGAUGCGCACCACAAACAAUACGCUCGGCCGAUCCCAUUCGCCGCACAGUCCGCGCAGCAAGCACGGCUCUAAGCCGCCGCCCACCACCGAGGAGGUGCAGCGUUCCACGCAAACGCUGGAGACGCACGUCAAGGAUAUAUCGAAUGCGCUCAAACACUUUCGCGAUGUCAUACACAAAAAGAAGCUGGAGGUGCUGCCCGGCAAUGGCACCGUCAUACUGGAGACCAUUGCCAGCAUGUAUUCCGUCAUUCAGUCGUAUACGCUGAACGAGAACAGUGCCAUCAUGAGCUCAGCCACACAGCAGGUCUACCAGUCGCUGGGCAAGCUCAUCAAGCUCUGUGACGAGGUCAUGUUGAGCGAGAAGAGCGGCGAGUGCGCCUCGCUCAGCAACGAGAAUGUCCGUGAGGUAAUCGAUCUGCUUGAGGAUGCAGUGCGCAAUCUGGUCACACUGGCGCAGGGCAAGCUUAAGGAGCAGGAUCAGUGCACGUUUCGUUAUAGCGGCGCCGGUUUGGGCGGUAUUGGUGCCGCUGCCGACAUAAUGGGCGUGGUGACCGCCGCCAGCGCAGCGGGAAGCGUGACGGGGCUGCGCACACCUGCAGAUGCGGCAGCGGCCGCGGUGGUACAGCGCACCUCGCUGCCCGAUAUUGCACUAACGCCCAAGGAGCGCGACAUACUCGAGCAGAGCAAUGUGAAUCCCAUGCGCGGCUCGCACAGCACGGAGAGCAUACUGCGCGAUACGAGCCCGCCGCCAAAGCCGCCGUUGCCCAACCGGGCGAGCAAUCCGCCGCCGUUACCACCAAAGCGCCGCAGUCAGCCGCAGUCGCAGCUGGCGAAUGCCAAUGCAUCCACCAAUACCAAUACGAACCCCACCACCACCAGCCACUCGUCGCAGGCGAAUAGCCCGUUGCCCUAUGCACAAUCGCAUAAUAUCAGUCUAAACUCUGAUCUGGAUUGCAGUUCGAAUUUCUCGCUGCUUAACUAUGGCGUAGAUCGCCUCUCGGUGCGUUCGCGCUCACCAGACGAGAACAGCCAAUGCUCGUUCGACUCGGCGCUGAAUCAUUCACGCGAGGAGGAGGAACAGCUACAGAAGCCGCCAUCUAGAACGCUACACCAUCAGUUGGACGACGACGUGGACAAACUGAUCAGCUACAGUGAGUGCCCGCAAGCAAUAGCUCCUAACAUCAGCUCCGUCUAUAACUCAAUCUCUCAAACUCGCCUGCGGCCAGCAGAGGCUCCGGCUGAGCCUGGCGCUGCACUGUCACAGGAGGCAGCUGCCGCGUCCAGCGCUCAGAUGACGCCGCCUUUGCCGGGUGUCAGCUCUGCCUCUGCCUCUGGUCUUGGCUCCAGCUCUGGCUCUGGCUCCGGCUCCGGCUCCGGCUCUGGCGCAGCUGAGGCCAACACGGAGCUGCGCAAAGCAGCCGCAGCGCUAACCAGCAAUCGUCAUUCGAAUGAAUCGGGUAUUCCAGGCUUUGUGUCGAUGAUGUCAUUUCGUACCUCCACGCAGAGCGUCUCGAAACGCUCCUCGGAGCACAGUGUGCAAUCCUCGACAAAGUCAUCGAGCAGCAAUUCGGAGAUCGCCUUCGGCAUGAACGAGUUGACCUGCGCCACCACGACAAGCAACAGCGGCAGCAACAACGAUUAUCAGCAGCUAAGCCAAACGCAGUCAAUGCAACGUCACAUCACCAGCAACAGCAGCAACAUCAGCAACAUUAGCAACAUCAGCAGCAGCAACGGCAACAUUAGCACCACCAGCGGCAGCAAUACAACGGCAAUGGCAACAACAAUUGCCAGUGAACAGUUGCUGACGCUGGGCAGCAAUUGCCCGUCGCCGGAGCUGGCGCCGGCGUUGCCACCCAAGACGCAGCAGCGUACAACAUUGUCACUCUUUGAUGCGGCCAUGGAUAUGCUGGACGAUUACAUUUUCGAAAUGCCAGAGAUGCGUCAAUUGUCGCCACAUCAUCAGCAUCAUUCGUCGUCCACGCAGCUGCAUCAGUGGCAUUCCAAGCAUCACAGUCUCAUUGAGCCGCCGCGGAGCGCCCAUUUGCCCAGCAGCUGCAGCAGCGCCUUUGACAGGCAUUUGGAGAAGCCGCCGCCGCUGCCGAGAAAGCACAAUUUUCAAAGUGUCGCAUUCUCGGUACUGGCGUACAUGGAGGUCUGCUCGGCGAAUUCGCACUCUGUGGAGCAGCAUCGGCAUACAAUGCACGCGUACAACAUCAGCCGCAAUAUGUCGCAUAGUCAGACCAUGAACAGCAUAAUGUCCGUUAGCAAGGAUCUGUCGCCGGAGCAGGAGAUGCCGCCAGCGUUGCCGCCCAAGAAAUACAAGCAGCGCAAACCGUCAACUACCAUGACGUCGGGAUCGGCAGCGACAGCAAUGCCAGCAGCGAUUAUUACAACCCCACCGGCUAGUCCGAAGCCAAUGCUCAGCGAUGCUACUCUAAGGGGCUGCCGCAUGACGACCGUCUGUGAGGAGCUCAACGAUCCGUCAACACACUCGGAUGAGGCAAACGCAGCAGCUGCGUCUGCCGCCGCGUUGGAUAGCAAUGAAAACGUGAACGAUGCCAGCGGCCACACCUACUAUUGUCACUCACAUCAGCUGCCCAGCGAGUCGGCAAAAGCUGGGCCUGGCGAGCAGCAGCUGGCCACGCCCAUAAGCACACCCAAAAUGCUGGAGAGUAGCGAUGUGGAGCAAGGUGGGGCCGAAGAGCAGGCGCUGCAGCCAGGCGAGCUAGAGCUUGCUGAAGAUGAGGAGCAGGACAUCGACGGGGAGGAGGAUGAGGAGGAGGACGACGAGGGUGAGGUCGAUAAUCAAUUGCCAAACAUGCUGGAAGAGAUCGACAUAACGCCAUACCUAAUACUCAAAAAGAAGGAAGAGGAUGGCCCAGAAGUUAAGGGCGGCUACAUCGAUGCGCUGAUCGUGCACGCGAGUCGCGUCCAAAAGGUCGCUGAUAAUGCAUUCAGCGAGGCGUUCAUUACAACCUUCCGCACCUUCAUUCAGCCGAUCGAUGUGAUCGAGAAGCUGACCCAUCGUUACACAUACUUCUUCUGUCAGGUGCACGAUCAGAAGCAGAAGGCCGCCAAGGAGACCUUCUCGCUGCUGGUGCGGGUCGUCAAUGAUCUGACCUCAACGGAUCUGACAAGCCAGCUGCUUAGUUUGCUGGUUGAGUUUGUUUAUCAGCUGGUCUGCUCCGGCCAGCUGUAUUUGGCCAAGCUGCUGCGCAACAAGUUUGUGGAGAAGGUAACGCUAUACAAGGAUCAAAGGAGCUAUGCCUAUGUGCCCGAUCAAUUGGGCAGCGGCAGCAAUACAAAUCAGCCCAGUCUGCUCGACUUGAAGUCAUUGGAAAUAGCCGAGCAGAUGACAUUGCUGGAUGCGGAGCUUUUUCAGAAAAUCGAGAUACCCGAAGUAUUAUUAUUUGCCAAAGAUCAGUGCGAGGAGAAAUCACCCAAUCUCAAUAAAUUCACCGAGCACUUUAAUAAAAUGUCCUAUUGGGCGCGCUCCAAAAUCUUGCGUCUACAGGACGCCAAAGAGCGUGAAAAGCAUGUGAAUAAAUUUAUUAAAAUCAUGAAGCAUUUACGCAAAAUGAACAAUUACAAUUCAUAUCUGGCGCUGCUCUCAGCGCUCGAUUCGGGCCCCAUACGCAGACUGGAAUGGCAGAAGGGCAUUGCGGAGGAGGUGCGCUUGUUUUGUGCGCUCAUCGAUUCGAGUUCCAGUUUUCGGGCCUAUCGUCAGGCGCUUGCCGAAACCAAUCCACCCUGCAUUCCCUACAUCGGUCUGGUACUACAGGAUCUGACCUUUGUGCAUGUGGGCAAUCAGGACUAUGUGUCCAAGGGUGUUAUUAACUUUUCGAAACGCUGGCAGCAAUACAACAUCAUUGUCAAUAUGAAGCGUUUCAAGAAAUGCGCCUAUCCAUUUCGACGCAAUGAGCGCAUCAUUGGCUUCUUUGAUAACUUUAAGGAUUUCAUGGGCGAGGAGGAGAUGUGGCAGAUAUCGGAACGCAUUAAGCCACGCGGUCGACGUCCCGUCAACUAUUAGUCUUUAUGCAGCAACAACAGCAACUACAUUUUAAAGUGCAAUGUUUACAUACACACACACACACACACACACUCGCACACAUACACACCUUCUGCAUGUGUGUGUGUGGGUGUGGGUGUGGGUGCGCGCGCCGUGGAUGUGCAUAGCUCCCUUAGACAUAACACACGCCGUCGUCAACUUAUCUAACUGGGUCUGAGUACAAUCGAUCAUUCACACUACUC